UUCACUUUCCCGCAGAAAAUAGGGUGUCGAAUCUGUCCUAUAACCUCCGUUAUAUUUAUUACUAUUUAAAGAUCAAAAAUGAAUCUUUUAUGAUAAUUGUGGAUUAAUUUGUGUAAAGGUUGUUCUAAGUGAUGUUGUGUAAGAUCGUUUGUGUUCUUGCGAUCACUCUGUAGCGUUUUUAAAAAUUAAACAUGGCCUCGAACCGAGGAAUUCAGAUCGGAUCCGCGUGGUUUCAACGGAAGCUGAAUUUGAGGCCGCAGCACCGGGGUGUACACCUAGUUACAGAGGAAAUCCUCAAGCAGGUGCCCGAGUUGUCGCAGUUUGCGGUCGGCCUCUGCCAUAUCCAGAUAAUGCACACAUCGGCGAGCCUCGCGCUUAACGAGAGCUGGGACCCUGACGUCAGAGACGACAUGGAGAUGAUGCUCAACAAAAUUGUGCCAGAGGGCUUGCCUUACCGCCACUCGUGUGAAGGACCUGAUGAUAUGCCUGCACAUGUGAAGGCAUGUUUUCUGGGAUCUUCGCUGACUAUCCCCAUCACAGAUGGCAAGCUUAAUUUGGGCACAUGGCAGGGUGUGUGGCUUUGUGAGCAUCGAAAUCAUGCUGGCAGUCGGAAGGUGGUGGUGACACUGUCGGGCUGCCCGCGCGACUCGCCGCUGUCGCCGGUGUCGGCGGCGUCGUGCUCCAGUUAGGAGCGGGGGGGGGGCGCGACCCCCCACACGCACUCGCACUCGCGCCCCUCCUCCAAGAGUACGCGGAGGUAAACCCCGCGGUCACACCUUUUAUAUCCCGCACCUAACCUAGAUGAUAGUUCUUAUUCUUAUCUUCGAGCGACAAUAUGUACAUAAGAUUAAUAUUUUGUACCACUUUGCGUGGCAUUUUGGACGUCUAAGAUUUUAAAAUUUAAGCUCCGAGUCCAUGGUCCUAUAUUGGUAGUGCCGGCGCUCUGAGUUUUAGGUAACGUCUGGCGUAUCGGUUAGGCCCCAAAGAAUCGGAGUGACGUAUUCGAGGAAGUCCUACUUAUAAUAUAGAAUUAAUAGGAAUUGAUGAUUAACUCAUUAAAACUAGCUUCUUUAAUUUAUUUUGGUCGAAGUGCCACGUGAAGUAUCCCUAUCGAUGUCAGGUUCGGUCAAAUUGUAACUGAACCGGUUGAAUUUGUACAUAAAAGAUUAUGUGCGACCUUUUUAAAGUAUAAUAAUGUAAUUGUUGUUUUGUUAUUGCAACUUGUCGAUAUGUAUAUAGAUAGAUCACGCGUGGACGUCGGUAUUCGCUUCGUAGGUACGAUUGUUGAAAGGGUUGAUGUGGCACCUACUUUUAUCAAUACUAAUCAUAAAUACAUUAAGUGAAAUAAAAGGUAAGGUGUAAUGAUUUGUGAUGGUUGACUAUUUCACUUCAGCACACAUAAAAUUUUUUCGAAAUUUACUCAGAGACACAAUAUUUUUUAACAUGACAGCACAUUAGACGUUUUAAUGAAGUUGGACACUCAUUACACCAAUUUUGUAUGUACGCACUGGUUAACGGUCAGUUUAUGUAAGUUUUAAGAGCUGAAUGUAGGUUAUAUAGUUAAAUACUUUGUACGUCUACGAUAGUACGAUAGCUCCCAUCUCUCUCCGUGUUAGGUUAGACUUAUUAUUAACAAUUAGUACGUGAAACAUGUCCAUAGCUUUAAAUGUGUCACACCCGUUGUAUCAACGGGUCCUUCACGGGAUGACAAUGAGUUAAUAUUUGGUACCACUAGAUAGUAGUUGUAUAUCAUUACUCUUAAGAUCAUGUAAGUGCCUCUGAUUUUGGGGUGGUCAUGUUAAUUUGCAGACUUGAUUUCGUACACCUGUACAAAGCGAGAGUGUAGUCAGUGAGACUGAUUCAUUUUGCUUGUAUCGUAACCUACGACUUCCUCACUAUUUAUAUAAAUAGAGAUACAAAUACGACUUUUGGCUCGUGAGCCGGGAAUUCGUAUUCUGGUGCCCAAUUUCCUCCUGAUCUAAAACUUCUAAAUGGUUAAUAUUUGCAGUUGUAUUGUGAAGCCUAGAGAAUGUCAGCUGUGGUUCCGAGGGUGCGUUGAGAAGCACCGUUUAAUUUUUUUAUUGAAAUAAGAUUUUCAUGCUUUUAUUGACCUACAUUUUGUAUUACGCCAUCUAGUGAGAGAGUAGACAACCCGUUAAAAUAAAUUUUCUAUAUAAGUAUUGAAAUGAUCGAGAGAGUUACAGCAUGUAAUGUCUAUUUAAAAAAAAAUGUUUGUGAAGGCUCCGCAACCCACCCUC